AUUGAGUAAAUGCAAUUAUAACGAUGGCUUGAGGAGAUGCGCUCGUCCGCGGCAGUAAUCAAUAGGCGCCUGCAGGUAUACGCUGCUUUCUCGCACACGCACUCUGUCGCUACAUCACCACGCACUCCCCGUUUUGCUUGUUUUCUUCCACGGCGCUGGAUGUAGCGUCAGCACCGUAGAUAUUGCAUAGUGCCUGCGGCGCCACGUUUUUGCCACCCAGUGCCAGUUUCUCGGAGACGGGGCGGCCGUUACUGACACAGGACGGGGGAUUUUGGCACCCUUAUUCGCGGCGUCGACAUGUAAUGGUGUGAUACCACCAUUCUGCGGAGACAGAGGGAAAGGCCAUUCCAUGACAGUCGCGCCUCACACUGAACAGCUCUGCGCCUCCCUGAUCAGCGGCGCCCGCGUCCACGCUGCUGAACCAUACUGCUGAGAUAAUAUCAACAAUUAAGAACCAAAAUAGCGCUUUAAUCAAAUAUUGGUGGAAUAUCCUGGGACCCACCAUGGUCGGAGGGGGGUGUGGAAUGGCUCGCUUGGGAUUCUACGGGGUUUUGAUGGGGCUUUGGGGGUUUAGCGCCGCUUCUUGCCCUACAUCCUGUACUUGCAGUACCUCGAGGAUUGUAUGUAUCGAACAAGACCCGGGGAUCGAGGAUUUCCCCAAAUUGGCGGAGGAGAGUGACAUGGAAAACAUCACAGAUAUAUUCAUUACAAAUCAGGACAGAUUAUUUACAAUCAGCGAAUCACAUAUGAAGUCUUACUUCAAUCUCAGGAAUCUAACUGUUACAAACUCUCAACUGUCAUCAAUAUCUCCGAAAGCCUUCCUCUACAAUGCAAGACUUCAGUAUCUAAAUCUCAAAGACAAUAACCUGUCAACAUUAUCAUGGAAAGCGUUCAAAAAUUCAAAUAUGUCAUAUUUGUAUCUAUCUGGCAACCCUCUGCAGUGUUCUUGUGAGAACAUGUGGAUUAAGUUGUGGCUGGGCCUGGAUGAGACUGAGAACCAGGAGCUCCAGUGUAUUGAUGAGGGAGGCAUAAAGUCUCUGUCCAGAUUGGCCCCAGCAGCCUGCGAACCUCCCACAGCCAAUGUGACCCCAUCCAUUCUUACUCAGAUGAAUGGAACCGAUGCCACAGUGGUCUGUACCGUCUCAGGACAUCCCACCCCAGAAUUCAUGUGGAACACCGACACCCUGGCAACCAGUGCUGAGGUGUACCCGUCCAAGCUGGAGUCCAGGCUGGUUCUCAGCAGGCUCUCGCCAGCGGACAACGGCCGGGAGAUCACCUGCAGCGCCGAGAACGUGGUGGGCCAGAAGGAGGCUACCCUGCAGCUCAACGUCCUCUUCCCUCCCACCAUCGUGCACCUGCAGGAGCCGCGUCAGAACGCGCACUGGUGCAUCUUCUUCCUGGUGCGCGGCAACCCCCUGCCCACGCUGGAGUGGUAUCACCACGGCAAGCUGCUCGUCGAGCACGGCUACGUGCAGACGCGCAUCUACGAGGAGAAGGAGAGUGAGAAGGAGGGCUGUCUGGAGCUGCAGAACCCCACACACAUCCACAACGGCGAGUACAAGCUGAUGGCGCGGAACAAGUACGGCACAGAUGAGAAGAGGGUGGAGGCUCACUUCAUUCCCCCUCCGCCAGAUGCCGAUGAGCCCACCGUACCUUACUAUGAAUGUGGCGAUGGGUUUCCUGAGUGCCAAGAUACUCCACCCCCACAAUCCGAGGACAAGGUGGCUGUAUAUGCUGUGGUUGGAGUGGCUGGUGUCGCACUGACAGGGUGCAUCCUCAUGCUGGUCAUUCUAAAGUACGGGAGGAACUCAAAGUUUGGCCUCAAAGGCUCCUCAUCCGUCAUCAGUAACGAUGAUGACUCCGCCAGUCCUCUCCACCACGUCUCCAACGGCAACAACACCCCGUCGUCCUCAGAGAUGGGCCCCGACGCCGUCAUCAUCGGAAUGACAAAGAUCCCAGUCAUCGAGAACCCGCAGUACUUCCGCAACACUGGCAGCAUUCUGAAGAUGGACACGUUUGUGCAACACAUCAAGCGCCACAACAUCGUCUUGAAGAGGGAGCUGGGAGAGGGUGCUUUUGGGAAGGUUUUUCUGGCAGAGUGCUACAGUUUGUCACCAGACCAGGACAAGAUACUGGUGGCUGUCAAGACACUGAAGGAGGCCAGCGAGAGUGGCCGGGCGGAUUUCUACCGCGAGGCCGAGCUGCUGACCAACCUGCAGCACGAGCACAUUGUCACCUUCUACGGCGUGUGUGUGGAGAGCGACCCCCUUAUCAUGGUAUUCGAGUACAUGAAACACGGCGACCUCAAUAAGUUCCUCAGGGCCCAUGGUCCGGACGCGGUGCUGAUGGCGGACGGUCAACAGAGCGUGAUGGUGGAGCUGACGCAGUCUCAGAUGUUGCACAUCGCGCAGCAGAUCGCUGCGGGCAUGGUCUACCUGGCCUCGCAGCACUUCGUCCACAGGGACCUGGCCACGCGCAACUGCCUGGUGGGGGAGAACUUGCUGGUCAAGAUCGGCGACUUCGGCAUGUCGCGGGACGUGUACAGUACUGACUACUACAGGGUGGGAGGCCACACCAUGCUGCCCAUCCGCUGGAUGCCCCCAGAAAGCAUCAUGUACCGAAGGUUCACCACCGAAAGCGACGUAUGGAGCCUGGGCGUAGUGCUCUGGGAGAUCUUCACCUACGGCAAGCAGCCCUGGUACCAGCUCUCCAACAAUGAGGUUAUCGAGUGCAUCACCCAGGGCAGGGUGCUCCAGCGACCUCGCACCUGUCCCAAGGAAGUGUACGACCUGAUGCUGGGCUGCUGGCAGCGUGAACCCUACAUGAGACUCAGCAUUAAAGAGAUCCACGGCCUCCUUCAGAGCCUGGCCAAAGCAUCGCCAGUCUACCUGGACAUCCUGGGCUAGCUAUCUGGCUCCGCAAGGGUCAAGCCUAGGCCCAGGGAGAGAGAACACAAGGAUGCUUUUCGUCUGUCAAUGAGAGGG